CCAAAAGUCUGCAUUUUACCCAAGGCAGGUUUCUUUCCGCUUUCACAAAAAAGGUUUCUUCUGAAAAGUCAACAUGUUGAAAUUUACAAUUUCUCUUGUCCUCAUAACUAUAUUAUUUGGGGUGAAAGGUGACGAUGCAAUUAGCGAUUUGCAGUCUUUGUUCAAGGAAUGGCCGGUGGUGAAAGUCUCAAAAAAGGAAGUUGAGAAAUACAUCAGGGAAAAAAAUAAUAGGCCUAAGUUAGAUUCCGUUCCAAAGGGAAAUGUUGCUCAACCAAGCUCGGCUGGCGUUUCAAAUGUGAAAAUCAAGGAUCAAAUAAUCGGCGGCCAGAAUGCAGCUCAAAAACAGUUCCCGUGGCAAGCACAAGUGUCAAUUGACAAUUCGUAUCUCUGCGGUGGAAGUCUGAUUUCCACAAAUUUCGUGGUCACUGCUGGACAUUGCGUAUCAGGCUUUAGUACUUGGGUGGUGUAUAUUGGAGGCAUCAGCAGGAGCAGCAACACAGAGACAGGGGAACAAAGGGCUACAGCUGCCAAAGGGUUUACACACCCUAAUUUUAAUUCAGGGACUUUGGCAAAUGAUAUUGCAUUUUUGCAAUUCUCAUCACCUUUCACACUAGAUGACUUUGUAAAUGUAAUUCGCCUUCCAAAAACGUCGGACGCGACCAACAGUUUUGUUGGUACUACCGUCACUGUGAGUGGAUAUGGAAAAACUUCUAACACUGCUGGGCCAAGCAAUGCCCUUAUGUUUGUGAGCUUGUUAACUAUUUCAAAUGCCCAGUGUAUGCAAAAGUAUGGAAGCAGAUAUGUUCUGUCAACAACAAUCUGUACUGCCGCCUAUCCAGAUAAAUCGACAUGCAAUGGGGAUAGCGGUGGUCCAAUGGUAUAUAAAGAGGCAGAUGGGAAAUUCACUUUACUCGGAAUUGUGUCCUAUGGAUCUUCGUCAUCAUGCAACCAAAAUCCCACUGGUUUCACUAGAGUCCCUUCAUACGUUGGAUACAUUUCAAAUGUAACUAACAUUCAAACAGACAACAUGUUGAAAUUUACAGUUUCUCUUGUUCUCAUAAUUAUUUCUUUUUGGGUGAAAGGUGACGAUGCCAUUGGCAAUUUGCAGUCUUUGUUCAAGGAAUGGCCGGUGGUGAAAGUCUCAAAACAGGAAGUACAGAAUUACAUCAAGAACAAAAAUAAUAGACCAAAGUUAGAUUCCAUUCCUAUUGGAAAUAUUGCUCAACCAAGCUCGGCUGGCGUUUCAAAUGUGAAAAUCAAGGAUCAAAUAAUCGGUGGCCAAAAUGCUGCUCAAAAACAGUUCCCGUGGCAAGCGCAAGUGUCAAUUGACAGUUCUUACCUUUGCGGUGGGAGUCUGAUUUCUGCAACUUAUGUGGUCACUGCUGGACAUUGCGUAUCAGGCUUUAGUACUUGGGUGGUGAAUGUGGGAGGCAUCAGCCGGAGCAGCAACACAGAGACAGGGGAACAAAUGGCCACAGCUGCCAAAGGAUUUACGCACCCUAAUUUUAAUUCAGGAACUUUGGCAAAUGAUAUUGCAUUUUUGCAAUUCUCAUCACCUUUCACACUAGAUGACUUUGUAAAUGUAAUUCGCCUUCCAAAAACGUCGGACGCGACCAACACGUUUGUUGGUACAAACAUCACUGUGAGUGGAUAUGGAAAAACUUCUAACACCGCUGCACCAAGCAAUGUCCUUAAGUUUGUGAGCUUGUUAACUAUUUCAAAUGCCCAGUGUAUGAAAAAGUAUGGAAGCAGAUAUGUUCUGUCAACAACAAUCUGUACUGCCGCCUAUCCAGAUAAAUCGACAUGCAGUGGGGAUAGCGGUGGUCCAAUGGUAUACAAAGAGGCAGAUGGGAAAUUCACAUUACUGGGAGUUGUGUCAUAUGGUUCUUCGUCAUCUUGCAACCAAAAUCCCUCUGGAUUCACCAGAGUCCCUUCAUACGUUGGAUACAUUUCGAAUGUAACAAACAUUCAAAUUAGACCUUGA